AUCGUGGAAAGAUGGAUGCUCUGUCAUCAUGUUUGCUCUUGGUUCUGACUUCAGUUGUAGACAAUGUGUCGUCUGAUAUGCGCUGCAACAAACGGAUUCGAAAAGCUGACCUAAGGCCAGAGAGUCUGGACCACAGUAAGCUAACUGGACAAUGGUACAAAUGGAUGGAUACGAUAAACAGUCCCUCCCACAGCACAUAUUUGGAUUCUGUUCUUCUCUGCAAUGGAACGUUAAUAAAGACUCUACAUCAAUGGUUUCCGGACUCCAGAGAGUGCAGGAUUACGACUGUGAUACAUAACCCGGUCAUUUCCAAUUCAUCUGGAGCAAUGACUUCAGUCCAGUUCCAGGUCAGCAGGAUGUCCACAAAUGAGACACUGGGGAUGAUGACAGUCUUGUACUUAUGCGAGGAUCCAAUGGAGGGAAUUCUGAUCAUGCUCCGGCAGAAACUGUCUGGUGAACUCGCUUACCUCGUCUAUACUCGUAAGAAGGAUCCCAUCCCUCUUUAUCACGGUGUCAGGACCGCGUUACUGGCUCUCAGUUUGGAUCCUAAGGACUUCAACCUUAAAUCCAGAAAUUACGGAUGUGAGCAGAAUGGAAAACAGGAAAAAUAGACUGUAAAUCAACACACUUGGGUAUCCCUGAAAGAUGAUUUUUACAUCUCAGUUUUAUUUUUCAUUAU